AUGGCGGGUGCCCAGGGGGGCCCCCCGGCGCCCCCCGCGGCGGCGCGGUGUACAGACACCUCGGACCCCGUGCGCGCUGUUGCUGCUGCUGUUGCUGCUGUUGCUUCCGGCAGCUUUCCAGAAGGUGCUGCUGCUUCUCAGUUGGAAGCUUUGAACUUGAUGCUGCCGCGGGCAGUUUCUGCUGCUGUCAGCAGCAGCAGCAGCAGCAGCAGCGGCGGCGGCAGCGGCAGCAGCAGCGGCAGCAACUUGAGCGCCUUCCUCAGCAGCAGCAGCAGCAGCAGCAGCAGCAGCAGCAGCAGCAGCAAACAUGAACUUGCCAGGGGGGCCCCCCACCUCCACGGCUACGAGGCCCUCAGGGCCAUGAGGGCGAGGGCCCACGAGUUCAGAACUGGAUAUCACAACUGGAGAAGACACGAAGCCCACGGGGCCCGCGGGGACGUCCACGACGUCUUCGUGAAGGAGGACUUUUCUUCGCAGCCUUCGGCCCCCACGUCGCUUGCGGCGGACUGUAGGCGCUAA